UGGCGCGGAUUAGCCAAUCAGUACGCGGCAUGGAGGCUCCUUCCUUGUCACCGCCUUUUGCUGGAGACUAAGGCCAAAGGUAGAGGCCGAGCCUAGAUCCCAAAUGAGCCCCCAGCUGUGUCACCUCGGACAGCCCGAGCUUCCGGCCCAGUGAUUAAUGGAUUCCUGGAAGUUGACUUGCAGCAAUAUAUAGAAAUGUUUUUCCAUAUGAGAUCUAUAAGAAGGUUGUGUCUAGAGAAAAUAUUACCCCCCUGGCUUCUUCACUCGAGAACUCUCUCAGGAGCUGAGGCUGUAAAUGCUCUGAGACCUUUCUAUUUUGCAGUGCACCCAGAUUUCUUUGGACAGCAUCCCAGAGAGAGGGAAAUCAAUGAGAAUUCUCUGAAGAGAUUAAGUGCCUACUUGGAGAACCUCCAGAAACCGGGUUGGAAGACUUCGAAACCAACUCAGCUCACUUUUUAUGUGAGAGAAACCGAGCAGACAACCUUGGAGGGCCCCGAAACAUUGAAUUCACUAGGGUUUCGAGCUGUCACUUUUACUUUGCAUAGCAGAGACCUGCUGAACACUGUCUUAGACAUUCUCAACUCCUGUAACUUAUCCACCGAGCACAUCCAAAGCAUGAACACUAAUGUGACCUCACAAGCACCCAAGGGGGCAAAAAGAACAUUUGACAGACCUAUUAAAUGGGACAAGACUUACUACUCCUUUACUGGAUUCAGGGACCCUGAAGAAGAACUGGAAAAAGUCCAAAGAAUGGAAACAUCUCUUAUAUCCUGGUUAGGUAAUAAUGAAAAAAGUGCCAUUAAGAAGCUGACCGAUAGUUUGCCGCUUAGAGGGGAAUUGGACCGUUUGAAAGAAGAACUGUCUCAUCAGCUCCUGCUCUCAGACAUCAGGUGGCAGAGGAGCUGGGGAGUCGCGCACCGCUGCAGCCAGCUCCAUAGCUUAGGCCGCUUAGCUCAGCAGAACCUGGAGGUCCUGCAGAACAUUAAAGGUUGUACCGUCAUCUUCACAGACCGCUCGGGCAUGAGUGCCUUGGGCCAUGUCAUGCUGGGAACCAUGGAUGUUCAUCACCACUGGACAAAACUCUUUGAGCGCCUGCCCAGUUACUUCGACCUCCAGAGAAGGCUGGUGCUUUUGGAGGAGCAGAUCAGCCACCUUCUGGGAGGCCUCCAGGUGGUCUACUUGGAGGAACUGCAGCCUGCGAUGACCAUCGAGGAGUACUACUCGGUCCUGGACUGCUUCUACAGCCGCCUCCUCAAGAGCAGGAUCCCCUUCCACCCGCGCAGCCUCCGCGGCCUGCACAUGAUCCUGGACAGGUACACCCCCAGUCUGCACGAGCUCGGCCACUUCAACAUCCCCAUCCUGUGCGAUCCCGCCUCCCUCCAGUGGUUUAUUUUCACCAAAGCAGCCCAGGCCAGAGAAAACAUGAAAAAAAAGGAGGAGUUAAAGACAAUGGAAGAAGACUUGAUGGCGGCUUCGGUGCAGAAGUUCUCCCUGCAGCGGCUGUACAAGGAGCCUAGCGUGUCCAGCGUGCAGAUGAUCGAGUGCUGCAAACGGCUCCUGCAGCAGUCACUGCCGUCGCUGCAGGGGAUGCACCUGUGCGUGUCCCACUUCUACUCGGUCAUGCAGGAUGGCGACCUCUGCAUCCCCUGGAACUGGAAGAGCUGAGCCGCCUCCUGGGGGGCCGGCCGGCCGCGGGGCCUGUACAUAGAAGGCGCUUAAUAAAUGUCUGUGAACCGAA